GGAGAGGUUAAUGCGGGAGGGGGUGGGGGCUUUUGUGAUGUGUACGCUGUGUAACCGAGCGUGUACACUGUAGAUUUCUUCGAGAAUAGGGUGGUUCCGCCUAGCAAACACCGAGCCGCAGCAAUUUCCAUAGCCGUUCCCUGCAUACUGCACCUUUACAAGCAAUCUCGGAAUUUCAUUUCUCUACUCUCAGUUUUGGAAACCUAGAAAAAUAUGGCCAUUCCACGCCAGCUUACUUCAAUUUCGUCAACUCCGUUAUCGAGAAUUAUAAGCGUCUAUUUCCUUCCUAUCCCAAUUUGCCGCCGGUUUCAUACUCAUCCAUCUACUCUUCAAAACGACGACGUAGACAAAAUCUUCCGUAUCGUCACUACAUCAAGAACCACAGAGGACAUGAAACAAUCGCUGAAGUUGUCUCAAAUUUCUAUCUCAAAUGAAACGAUUGACAGUGUACUGAAAAGGGCAAGAUUCUCUCACUCCAACCCAUCAUACCUCCUAGAGUUUUUCAAGUUCACUUCAAACAGGCGCCAGUUUUUCCACACUGCUUUCUCAUACGACACUAUGCUCUACAUCCUGGGUAGAAAUAGGAAAUUCGACGAAGUGUGGGAGAUUUUAAAGGAAAUGAAGAGAAAAGACCAGUCUUUGAUCUCUUCAAGAACUGUUCAAGUGGUUUUAGCAAGGGUGGCUAAGGUUUGCUCUGUUUCGAGGACAGUUGAGUCCUUUUGGAAGUUCAAGAGACUUGUUCCCCAAUUCGAUACCCAUUCUUUCAAUGCUUUGUUGAGAGCAUUGUGUCAGGAAAAGAGUAUGGCAGAUGCAAGGAAUGUGUACCGUAGCUUGAAGAAGGAUUUCAAGCCAGACUUGCAGACCUUUAACACACUCUUGUCAGGAUGGAAAUCAAUCGAAGAUGCUGAGCUUUUUUUCUCAGAGAUGAGGGAGUAUAAUGUGGAACCAGACAUUGUUUCGUAUAACUGUUUGGUUGAUGUUUAUUGCAAGGGGAGAGAGGUUGAUAAGGCAUUUGAGGUUCUUAAGGAGAUGAGGAAUAAGGACAUUGAUCCUGAUGUGAUCACUUACACUAGUUUGAUUGGUGGUCUAGGGCUUGUAGGGCAACCCGAUAAAGCAAAGAAGCUUUUAACCGAAAUGAGGGAGUAUGGAUGCUACCCUGAUGUUGCUGCUUAUAAUGCCACAAUUAGAAACUUUUGUAUUGCGAAGAGGAUCGGGGAGGCACAUAAUCUUGUGGAAGAGAUGGUAAAGAAAGGCUUAAAUCCUAAUGCAACUACUUAUAAUUUAUUUUUAAGAUCAUUUUAUUCGGAAAAUGAUUUGAAACACUCAUGGAGUUUGUAUAUGAGAAUGAAGGAGACAGGGUGCUUGCCAAACACACAAUCGUGUAUGUUCUUGAUCAGGUUGAUGAGGAGACAUGAGAACACAGAUAUGGCGUUACAGUUAUGGAAUGACAUGGUUGAGAAAGGUUUCGGCUCAUUCACAUUGGUGUCUGAUGUUUUAUUUGAUUUGCUUUGUGAUUUGGGGAUGCUAAGAGAGGCAGAGAGAUGUUUCUUGGAAAUGAUGGAGAUGGGGCAUAAGCCUAGCAAUGUUGCUUUUAAGAGGAUCAAGGUUCUUAUGGAAUUGGCUAAUAAGGGCGAGGCGAUUCAGAACCUGUCAGAUAAGAUGGCUGCUUUUGGUUCUGGAAUUAGAUAUAGCAUCGAAAGGGAGUCUGAAAAGUUUGAACCCAACUUAAUGCCUUGCUAACAGUCAUUCUAUGCAAUUUUGGAUGCGAUUUUCACUAUGAGUCAUCCAGAAACAGCCUCUGUGUGCAUUAGUACAUGGGUAAGACUGCGUACAUCCGACCCCCUUACCCCAUCGUAGGUGGGAGCCUUUGCUGCACUGGGGUAAUGAUGAUGGUGAUGCUGCUGCUGCUGAUGAUGAUUUGCUUUUGGAUGAAUUCAAGUUGUGGAAGAUCUAGGUGCCUGUGCAACAGCUCCUGUUUUUGCUUAAGGUUGUAUUUCAUUCAAGCGUAUGCAGCGAGCUCCCAUUUGAUUGAAGAAAAAGCAAAAACAGUGGAGAGGAGGAAGGAUUAAAAAGAUAAGCUUUCCUCCCCUCCCAACUUUUUUAACCAGACCAGGGAAAAGUAAAACUUCCCUCCCCUCCUCUCCUUACACUUGUUAAUGAUCUGUAGAGUUGGCACAAUGAUAUAUGAUGCAUGUAAAGAUGAAGAAAUGCUCAAGGACCUCAAUGCUCAACUUGUUUGUUCCUUAUUCUUGCCUGUUUUAUUAUACACAUACAGUCCACACAUGCACACAUAUUUGUUUAUUUUAAUUCGGCUAUUUUUUGAUCUAUUUUUAUGGACUGAUAAAAACUGUAACACACUUCAAUCUAUAUCUAUUGACUGUGGGAUAAUGAUGGAAUGAUUUUUGGUCAUCCUCUUUUAAUCUCCCUACUUUGACUUUUUUCUGUCCAUGAAAUGAUCUUCUUGUCUAUAUAUAUGUAUAUAUAUAUACACAAACGCAAUAGUGCAGCGCCAUUUUGAGCGGGAAUUGUAAGCGCUCAUUGCCUAGACUGUUUAACACAAUUAAUGCUAAUUAAUAUUCUACAAUCAGUUUUUAGUUUUCGCGAUCAAUGGUAUUAUCCCAAUGCUGCUGCAGCGGCAAUAAUUAAAUAUACCAAGCUCUUCAUCUUUGAUCAAUGCUUGGGCUUCUCAAGAGUCAUAUAAUUAAGUGUCAAAGCAUGCUUAGUGUUGUAACGCAAAUCACGAACUAUGCACUGAUUUAAGUAGCCGAUUUGUUACUGAGGCUGGUGGAAGGUUCUGGUCAUUGAUGUGAUCGGUAGGGCGGCGGAGUGUUAAGGUCACAAAUAGGCAUGGAAGAAUGGAGGAAGGUUUCAGUAACAGAUGGGUUUGUCAGGGCUGCAAAGUGUAUCAGUUACCACUAGGGUGUGAGGAUGCGGCUGAUGCUUUGGUGAUAGAUGGGCUUGGGACAACAGCGGUCAAUGGUUCUGGUCACUGAUGUCGCUAGGGAGAGUGAGGAAAGAUGGACGUACUGAAGGGUCCCAACCCCCAAUAUGAUAAAAAUGGAAUCAGAUUCUACUCCAUAAAGCUUCCUUCUGGCUGGUCUGGGAGUAUAAAAAGCUAUAGCUGAGGGAUCACUGGCAGCAGCAACACCAAAGAAGAAAUAGAAGAUGUUUGAGAGUGAUCAUUGUACGGACAAACUGAUGGAGAAGAUCUGAGGAAAUGCAGUCAAUUAUACCAUCCAGUUGAAGCUGGAGGUGGCUAACCUCCAUAAGGAAAUGCACUUUGAUUGAUAAAUUGAUCCAAGUUAAGCAGCGGAUAAUUAAAUUCAAGGCUGGCAUUAAGAAGCUGUUGCAACUACAAGUUUAUUUUAAAAAUCAGCUGCUAAAGUUCUCAACCGGAGCAAACUUCCAAGUUAGGUUUGUAUAUAUUAGAGGCAAGUGGCAACAAGUCAACAAGGAGCAUCUCUUCCUCCGCACUGCCGCCCUUCCAAACUUCAAUGUUUAAUGGCUCGUAGCUUUCAAAGAAUACUCCAAGUGACUUUCAAAGGGGGCUCCUGGAGGCUGGAAUUCUGGAAGAAGGGAAGAACGAAGACUCCUCAGUGACAACUCCCUGCUUUUCUUGAUUAUUGAAUUGGCAAAACAUUCAAAUGGGUCCUGCUACUUCUCUUCAAGUGGCUCCUAUUGUUCCGACUAUCACAAUAAAUUCAUCUCAAUCUAGUUCUACUUCGAUAAACUCAAGUGUGAAUGCCACUAACUACGGUGUCCAAGGUAGAGUAGGGGAAAUCCUACUCCUAAGCCAAGAGGUGAUAGUGUUCCUAGGUCAAGAGGUCGAUGCACUUCUUUGCCGAGAGGUCGAGGCACUUCUUUGCCGAGAGGUCGAGGCACUUCUAUGAUGAGAGGUCGAGGCUCUUCUCCGUCCGGAAGUCAGACAAGACUCUAGAACUCCUAGAAGCAAUGCUCAACUCGUUUGAUAAAAUUUUUUUUGCUGCUAACUACAUAUAAUUUUAAAUCAUUGAAUUUCUAUAUUUCUAUGUUGUAUGUUUUAUUUAGAAUUGAAAUUGUGCUGCCAUGAUUAGUUUGAUUU